GGUUUUCCGGCUGGUUAUUACCCUGAUGAUCUGAUGCAUAGCUCAAUCUUCAAUUUUUACCCAACACUGGAGCGUUUAGUAAUCUGCAUGUUUCUAAUUCUGAGCUCUGCAGGGAGGAUGAAGUUCCUGUGCAGGACAGGAUCAACAAGCGCAGAACCUUGAAGCAGUCGUCGAAUGAGCAUUAAGUGUUGGACCCAAGGCCUGUUCCCUGCUCAGGUGAUGCGUGCCACCAUAAGAAUAGUUUGUGAGCUGCUAUUGACUGUUGCUGUGCUGAAUCAACACAGCAACCAGACAGACUUGUUCUGCUUCAGAUUGAAUAAGGACUCGGAAGUUAAAUGUACCUGGAGCCCAAGUAUUAACACCUUGAACACCACUGAGUAUUUCUUCCACUUGGAGGAGGGCAGUAAUGAAUUGUUUCAGGUACCAACCAACUUGACUUUGGUGACCCUGGAAAGGAAAAUCCUCUCUGCAGGGAAGUGCUAUAUUGCCCGGGUCAAGGCCAAUAACACAGAACUAUCAUCUCUGGAAUUCUUCAUUGAAGACAUAGUGAAGCCCAAUCCUCCAGCUAAUGUGUCUGCCAAACCUGCACCGGAUGAUCCAACAAUAAUAAUGAUCGAGUGGACAAAACCCACCAACCUUGACUCGUCGGUCAAUUUCCAGUUUGAGCUUCAGUACAGAAUGGCAGGCCAGAAAAAUUGGACUGAGGUUUCACAUGAUGAAAUUGAAGUCCAAGCAAUAAGUUACUGUCUGGAAGAUCUACAACCAUUUACACAGUAUGAAUUCCGUGUCCGAUGUAGGCGAGAUGGAGAAACAAACAGGAAACUGUGGAGCAAUUGGAGCGCAGUGAUCAGAGCCAAGACCCUAGAGGCCAGUCCUGAUGCUGUUCUUGAUGUGUGGUUUAUGCGAAGAGGACUGGGUUCCAUUACUCUACUGUGGAAGCCUCUUGAACAACAUCAAGCGAGAGGAAUAAUUCGGCGAUACUCUGUGAGCGAAUGGGAUGCAGAAGAAAUGAGCAAGGUGACCAACAUCACCUGCUGUAACAUCAGCCUUUCUGAGACUACUCGACAUGUGACUGCCACUGCUUACAACUCUGUUGGAGCUACUGAGCCGGCUAAACUCAAUCUGGUUGAAGAUCAGUCACCAGUUUUGAAUAUAAGCACUAAGUAUAAUAACGAGACUCAAGUGUGCUGGGAGGCACCAGCCAAAAAAAUGCUUGAGUUUGUGGUGGAAUGGAGUAACAUGAACUUGCCAGAACAUCCGCCAGAAUGGAAGAAAAUACCAGCACUGAAUGAAUGUACGACUUUGAGGGAUGGUGUUCUGCAGCCCCGGAUUCCAUACAAAAUUUCAGUAUAUACUCGAUAUCAGAAUGGCCUGGGUGGGCCAGUGUCUAAAAUAGUCUACACAGAAGAAGGAGUGCCACUCACAGGGCCCCAGGUCUCAAUAUAUAACAUCUCUCAGGUUUCAGCCACGCUGCUGUGGGAGGAUGUUUCCCUGAGCCUCCGCCAGGGGGUUAUUCUUUACUACACUCUAUAUUAUGUAAAGAAUCCACAGGAAGACACCAGGCAGAAAGUCAUCAAUAUAAGUUCUGCAUUACACAACUUCAUGCUAUUGAACUUGGAGCCUGAAAGCACCUACAAUAUUUGGAUGACAGCUUCCACUAACAGAGGAGAGGGCAAGAGUGGACCACAACUCAAACUAAAGACACAAGCUUCACAUAUUGCGAUCGGGAAGCGUAUUGUGCUGGUACUUUUCAUCUUGGCAGCUAUUGUUCUUUGUAUCUUCUUUGGAAAACGCUGCUUUUAUCAAAGAUGCUCCUUCUUAAUACCUCAGUGGUGUUGCCAGAGGAUCCCAGAUCCUAAAAUCAUCCGUACUCGGCUCCAGCAGAAUCUUAUCACUCCAGACCAUUUUGGAAUGGUUGAGAAUGAUCCAGAAGUUGUUAAAGUGGAAGAGACUAUACCUGAGAUUGUGGUGCAGGUUCCUCUGGUAACCAGCGACAGUCUUACACUGACAGAAGCCAACAGCUCAACCACUGAAGAUCUGUUUCAUCCAAGCAUGCCAACUCAGGACACAGACAAUUCUCAACAAGCCUCAAUUGGUCUGGAUAAACAACUUGAAGAACAGCCAAUCAGCACAAAAUUACCAGGAAGAAACUGUUUCAUUUCUGGCUAUGAGAAACACUUCAUGCCAUCACCAGAGGAACUGCUUGAAGAUGAAUGGCAAUUAGAUAGAAAAGAGCAAUGGCUGGGAAUGGUGGAACUCCAACAAUGAACAUUAACCUUCAAGGUGCCCGGGAUAACUAAAAUGCAUCCAAGCUACCACAGAAUUUCAACAUCUUACUCCAAGCAUUGUGCGUUGCUGUUAGCUCUGACAUUCCUGAAGUGACACCUUUAAUAAAUCUAAUCAAAGAAAGUGAAUGUGACCGGUAAGGGAAGCCCUGGGACCCAUUCAACUCAGCCUUCCAGAGAAAACAACUUGCAUUCUCCAAAUGCAGAAUUCAAUCCUUCCUAAUGUAAUUCAUGGAUUUGUUUACUUCCUCAUUGAGGGUUCAUGUCAGACAUUGCUUAUUCUUUUAAUGGAGAACUUCCUCAACCUGCACACCAUCCCAUACAGUUACUCAUGACUUACUUUACAGUAAGUUUCCAAUGUUCCUGAUCCAUGCUACAGUAUCUGUGAAGUCAACAAUACUGUAAUAGCCCAGGAUCCCUCAGUUGUCUAUCACCCACUCUGCUUUCUGAUACUGGGAUCCCGAGGGCCUGAGUUUAUACACAGACCACACACUGCGCAGGCAGAUCUUGUAUGGGCAGUGUAUAUGUACUGGCUCCAAUUCACUGGAAGUUUUUUAAUGUUUAAUGUAACAAAGCCAGAUUAGAAAAUUAUAAAUAAGACAUUUUCUAAACUUGAUGUUUUGCCAAUAAAUACCUCCUUAUUUUUUUAUAAUACAGACUGAGACUCAGGAAUGUCAUUUAGGGUUUUUUUUAACAUUUCAUUUCAUAUUCAAAUAUUUUGAUGCCAAACAGAAGUCUCCUGGAGGAAGCUCAUUCCUUUAAAGGUGAGUAUUACAGAUGCCUAUUAUCAGUAAAGCAAGACCCUGGAUACUUGUACAACUAAGAUCCAUUCACGGGCUAUCCACAUACACAUACUGUGCAUGCAGGGCUGCUAUAUACUUAUACCCCUUUCAUACAUUUCUCACACACGUUAUUCCCACACUGCUUGCCCGCAUGCACACAGGUCCCUAUAGAGGCUGUACAUAUACACUGCCCAUACAAGAUCUGCCUGCACAGUGUGUGGUCUGUGUAUAAACUGUCUGCAAGCAUUCAGUCAGUAAAGCUGCCACUAUCUAUGGUCCAUACAUCAUCUGCUUCUGAACCCAUUGUCCAUACAGAUGCUUCCCCCUACACAUGAACUGCUUGUACAUGCAC